AUGGAUUCCGCAUCAGACUUUCCUCCGUUCCAGCAGCGGCUAACGUCGUCGCUCGUGCAGAUGACGCGCACUGUUGGCCAGCUCUCUGCUGAGGACCUCAGUUUUCACCGCACUUCAAGCGCGGAACUCUCAGAGUCGAUUGAUGAACAAAGUGGCAGGAUCCUUUCACUAACCUCUUCUCUCCUCAAAGCUGCUACAGCCGGUACCGAUUUACCCGCGCCGAGUCUGCAGGAUGAAGACUCUAUCGAGGACAACUGGCGCGGUGUGGUGGACGUUAUUGAUGCUCUUUUGGAAAAGGCCGAUGCUUGUUUGGAUGAGUUUACUGGUGUGAUCAAGAGACUGAGUCCAUCACAGCAAGAGCAGAGUGCAGCGAAGGCUACGAAGAAGACUACUUCCAAGUUCCCCACCAUUUACGAUUAUGGCCCGUCGAAGAUCCCGAAACCUCAGCUACAGUUUGAGCGCCCUGUUGAUAAUGCCAACGUCUCGCCAUUUCAGCCAUUGCUCAGGACCAAACCUCAUGCAAUGGUUCCGUUGGAGGAGUCAUUAAAAUCAACAGACGCUGGGACGGGGAACAGGAACCCUUAUGAAACCGAAAUACGUGCCGCAAAGUAUCCGGAGUCUACGUACGCUGUGUCACCUCCUGUUCCCUACCAGCCUUGGGAGUCCACCACCGCGACUUUCGUUGAUACGUUAGAAGGGGUGAAGGAGAUGCUGAAAGAGCUUAAAUCUGCAAAGGAGAUCGCUAUCGAUUUGGAGCAUCACGAUGUGCACUCCUACCAUGGUCUUGUUUCUUUAAUGCAGAUUAGCACUCGAGAAAAGGAUUGGGUGGUCGACACACUGAAGCCCUGGAGGGAGGAGCUUCAGAUGCUUAACGAGGUUUUUGCGGACCCUAGCAUCCUCAAGGUGUUCCACGGUUCCUCCAUGGAUAUUAUUUGGCUUCAGCGCGACCUAGGUCUCUACGUAGUGGGCAUGUUUGACACCUACCAUGCUGCCUGCGCUCUGAAUUAUCCCAAGCGAAGCUUGAAAUUUCUUCUGCAAAAGUUCGUCAACUUCGAAGCCGACAAGAAAUACCAAAUGGCCGACUGGCGAAUUCGGCCGCUUCCAGAUGGAAUGUUUGACUAUGCCCGCUCCGAUACUCACUACCUCCUUCACAUUUUCGAUCACCUACGCAAUGAACUCGUCCAAAACUCAGUCCCUGGGAACAACCUUAUUGAUUAUGUUUCGGAUAAUUCAAAGAACGAAGCUUUGCAACGGUACGAGCGCUCUGCUUACGAUACCGCCAAAGGACAAGGCCCAGGCGGCUGGUAUGACUACUUGUGCCGCAACCCUGUGGUUCUAAGCAAGGAGCAAUUUGCCGUUUUCAAGGCGGUCCAUCAAUGGCGCGACGAAGUUGCACGUGAGGAAGAUGAAGGAGUGCAGUGUGUGUUCCCCAAGCAUGUCCUUUUCAGGGUUGCCCACGCUAUGCCUCUAGACUUGGGCACGUUAUUCAGAACGUUGUCACCAGUCACGCCCAUCACCAAGGACAGAGCAUCGGAUCUCUUAGAGGUCAUCAAGAAUGCGAAGAUCGAAGGUGCCACUGGUCCUGAAUGGCGAGAUGUGUAUGUGAAGCCGACCAAGGCUGGACGAGCGGUGGCUGCGGCAGGAACAGAACAGGGUCUUUUGACACCACCUACCGCAGAGGAGGACUUCCCCACCGCCGAGCGCUGCGACGUAUCCCAGUUUUGGGGUGCGGUUCUGGACUCUCGGGAACCUCUUACCCCUCCUCAGUACUCUGCAGUAGCCUCUGCAGAAGCCCUUCGACUUUCGCUCCCACUGCCACCCAUGCCUCGAACAGUAUCUGAGGCUCGUGACAAGCUUACCGAUUCUACCUCCACUAAGCCCCCUCCUAAGCCCGCUCCUGUUGAAGCACCAGAAGAGAAGGAGGAAAACGAAAUAUUCACAGUCAAGGGACUUGGCGGCCCACGCAAACGAAAGAGCGAGCAGGCUGCGUCGCCGGAGGCUGAUGAGGCUGACAUGAUUGACAUCGGGGAGAAGCCAUCUAAGAAACAGCGCCGGAAGGAGAAGAAGAACAAGUCUGCUUCGCAAACUCCACAGCCAGAAGAAAGCAACGAAGAAGCCGAGCCCUUCAACUAUGAGGCUGCUGCCUCUGUACUGCACGCACGACCUGCCCAGAGCGCGACGUUUAAGACGAAACGGCCAUUCAACCCAUAUGCCAAAGCGCUUGAGGCACCCAGUGGCGUCCGCAAACAGAAACGGGAGACGCCCGGAAAGUCAUUCACUUUUAGGUAG